CUUCAACACCCGAUGGUCACCACAAUGGAACAGUGGAAUGCAUGCCCAAAUUGUUGGUCUAUUGAUAACAAAGACCCAAUGCCCCAUUCCAGAGAUCACUGUGGGUCCCCUAUUCUGUGGAUAGACAUAUCUUCUGUACUCAUGACGUUGGAAGUCAAAAGGGUUGUUUUCAGCUCUUUGGACUUCAGCACAAUGUUGCAUUGGAGUACAACAUGCGAUGGACAACCUACCUGUAAAUAUGAAUUGCAGUACAAGGUAUAUGGAGACAGUGAGUGGCAAAAGAAAAGAGACUGUGAAAAAAGCAAGAACUUCUGCAAUAUGACAGCAGAAAUAUUGAAGAAAGAACAUGUAGAUGAAAAGAUAUUUGCCCGAGUGAGAGCGAAGACUAAUAACAAUGCUACAUCUUCAUGGAAAAUUAGUAAAGAAUUUCAAGUCUUACGAGAAACAAACAUUAGCGCCCCAGCGGUGACUGUGACACCUUCCUCACACACCAUAUUAGUAGAUAUCACUGCCCCACUGCUGUUAUAUCACAUCAAAUAUGCUGGCACUGACUAUCAGAAGAAAAUAUCUUUUCUUAUUAAGCUGUCCUCUUCAUCAAAGCUGAUCAAGGAGGAUUACACAGAGAAGAAAAUAUGGAAUAUUACAAAUCUGGCUCCUGGGAAAUAUUGCAUCAGUGUAAAUAUGAAGUAUGGAGAAAUCACAAGUAGCUCAAGUCCAAAUAAGUGUGUGGAGAUAAAAGGUGUAGUACUUAAAGAAGUCAUCAUGGGAUCCAUCUUGGUUCUUUUUGCUUCUGUGGUAAUUGUUGUCAUUCUGACAAUAUAUCUUUUUCUGCACAGAAAUGUGUUUCAUCCCAAGCCUCCUCUUCCUUCUAACCUGAUUUUAAAUAAUAUGAAAUCAAAACCAACUGACUACAAGUCUGAUGUAACCUUCAUGGUCCCUCCAGAAUUUGAAGGCUUGGAACCCUCUAAAUAUAUUCUUGCAUCUGACAAAAAUGUCAAAGAACCAUCACAAAACAAGCGCUAUGUCUCUACUGAUACCUGGAGAAAAGACUAUGUUAACUGUAGACAGAAGGACAUGGAUCAGAAUGUUCUCCAAAACAAAAUAGUGGAACUAAGAAACUCAACUUAUGUAACAAAAGUUUUUCAAAUAGAACAUCCAAAUGUUUGCAUCACAUCUCAGGCAAGAUACACAGAGUUAGAUGUGUCUCCGCAUCAUAAACAUUUUUAUAAAGAUGAAGGAUAUUAUAAAAACUUCAAUAAAAGUAGAAAAUUGUGCCCCUAUCCCAGACCCUCAUGUACGAAUCCAGUUCAAAAUUUAAAUCACGUGUAUAAAAAUGAUCCACAACUUGGGUAUAGCAACACCUCUGGAAAGGAAAUUUAGAAUCUUCCC